AUGCUGAUGGAGCUCACAGACAAUGAUGUUUCAGGUGCCGUCAGCCUCAUUUCCUUCCUAGUGCGCUGUGAACAGGCGCCCUUCGAGAUGCAGUCUGCUGCGGGUCAGUGCCUCGUGCAGCUGACAACAGCUGACUCAGUCUUCCUCUCGAAGACACAAGAAGGCAGUGAGGAUUGGCAGAAUGAGCAGAUCACCAAACUUACCGGCAUGCUGAAUCGUCAUGUGAACGGGUUAAUCAAGGGCCUCAUCCAGUUCGACAUCGUUGAAGCCUUUGGGCGCUGCAUUUGUCAACAUCAGAUGAGCCACAGCCGCACCGACAUCAUAGUGAAGUAUUUCCUCACCACAGGAGCCUUUGAGCAGCUUGCGCCUGAAAGCCAGGCUCGACUGCAGCGACGGCUAACCUGCGAGCAAAGCAUGCGGCUGCCAUUUACACGUUCAUCCUUGAAGGCUUGCGAGCUGCUGUCCUUCGCGCUGGCGACCCCUGAGCAGGCGCCACCAGAAGCAGCAGCAGCGGCGGUGAAACAUACCCGCCGAAAGGGCAAGUGGCGGCAUGGCAAGCAGAGAAGAAGAAAGAAGCUCUUUGCCAUGCAGGCGUCUCAUCAAAACGACGAGGAACCUGAGGCAGACGAUGAGCAGGGUGAUGAGGAGGAGUCCGACGAGGAUGACAUGCCACCGCUGGUACCAGAUGGUGGUUGGGAAAGCCACUUGGGUGUCGCAGAUGAGGCUGGUGUGCCGCAGAAAGCGGUGUGUCAACUCAGCGGUGCUUUGAUGCACGAUCCUGUGAGCACACCAGACGGAUAUCUUUUCGAAAGGGCUGCAAUAGAGGAUUGGAUGAGCCAACAUGGCUCGAACCCCUUGACUGGUGCCCCCCUGGCUAUGGAUGAUGUCAUGGAUAGACAAGACAUCGCAAACUUCAUCCAGGGCUUUCAGAUGCAGAUGCUCUCAGUGUCUCAAGUUGCACCGGAAGUUGUGGAUAGACCCAAGGAGGAGGAUCGGGACGUCCAUUUGAUGCGCAUGCCACAUGGCUUUGUUUAUUCCUAUGUCUGUCCGAUCACGCAGAAAGCCUUGCGAAUGGACGAGUGUCAAGGGGAUCCGGAAAUGAAGAAGAGGAUAGUUAAGUUUCUAAAGGGCCACCACGUGUGA